UUUGAUUAAAGCCACACCAAUCACAGCAGGCGUUACUGUUGCUAGGAUACAACAAAACUGUUUUCUCAGCUUUAGAUCAAUCGGCAUAUAUGGAUCAAGAGGAAAGAACGUCACCACACCUCCCCAAGUGAUGCCAAAUUACAAACUAACUAAGAAAACUUCAGUCUCAAGACUGAAAGAGAUGAAAUCACAGAAAUGUGUACUUCGACACACAGUUUUCUCAGUCAACGGAAAUCAAUACAAUGGAGAGUGGCUCAACAACAAGAAGCAUGGCAAGGGAAUUCAGGUGUGGAAACAAGCUGGUGCCAUCUAUGAUGGGGAAUGGAAAUUUGGAAAACGUAAUGGAUACGGAACCUAUAGCGUGUUACUCCUAAAAUCAAAGGAGUAUGUGAGGAAGUACGCUGGUGAAUGGAAAAAUGGGAAGAAGCAUGGUUAUGGGGUGUAUUUUUACAACAACUCGGCAGUCUAUGAUGGAGAGUGGAGUGAGGACCAACGUAGUGGUAAGGGAACGAUGCACUAUGAGAAUGGCGACAUCUAUGUGGGAGAGUGGCAGAUGGAUAAAAGUCAUGGGCAAGGACACUUAUUCUCUAAUGGAAAACUGUACGAAGGCACCUGGGAAGAUGGCAAGAUGAACGGCGACGGGAAGUUGUACUAUUCUGAAAAAGGUCUGCUUUAUGAAGGCUUUUGGGUUGAUGGAGAAGCAAAAUGUGGCACCAUGAUGGACUUUAGAAGGGACAAAGCCCCAGCACCACCGAAGUAUCCAUUUCCAAAGCUACACUUGAAGGAUGUGGAAUCGGUUUUAAGGGAAGCCAAAUCAGCCUGCCUGGAUCACUGCUGUCAACAAUCAUCAAGAGGAUAAACAAGUUUGUGCUUCAUCAAAAAUAAAUAAAUGCCAAAAAAAUUAA